AUGUCGACUCCUCGUAUCAAGCGCCAGUUUGCCGGUGCUUCAGCCGACCCUUCGCAGCGACAAAUCACUUCCUUCUUCAAUGCCAGACUAUCCGACGAGUCUGCCGCUGCCGAGGCUGAGAAGCCCCUCCAGCCUGUUCUUCCUUCCACCGUCCAGUCCAACCUGCUCAGUGUCGGCAUGCGAGUCCGCAAGUCCGUCCCCGAAGGUUACAAGACAAAGGGCACAAGUGCCUUCAAGCUCUGGACAGACAACUCCCCUGUGAACACUACCACUUCUACCACCCAAGCUCCCAUCAAGGGUGCCUCUCGGGAGCUUCUCCCCUUUUGCGGAAUCAACAAAGUUGGCGGUCUUGACACUCAGCCUGACUUUGACCGGGACGACGAAGUACCGGAUAUUGACGCUAUUCCCGAGCUUACCAUGUCGCAAGAGAGCAUUGAAUCCUCUGAUGGAUCUCGAAAGCGAUUCUUCGACGAGGAUGAAGACGAGCUUGUUGGAAGCCCAGCCAUGGCCGACCAGAGCAACCCCCGAGUUAUGGCCAUUCCUGUCUCACGAAAGGGAGUUGGUUCAAGAGGCUUCGUCCAGGGCAACGGAAACUCAAACUCCGACUUUGAUGAAGCCGAUUUUCUUGUUACCCCUGACAUGGACAUGGCCUAA